UUUAUUGAGUGAGUCAAAGUGAAAGGGUCAACACUUAAAUGAAGAUGUUGAAAUGUUAUUUAACUGUGAUGAUAAUUUAAUUGAAAUUAAAUAAGAUUGUUCAACGAAACCAUAAUAAGUGUAACUAUUCAAUUAAAUGGGUUUAAAACCUAUCAAAGCCUCAACCUUGAAGGAUUGGAUCAACGGAUUGGAUGAGUGGUGAAACAUGGAUUAACCUUAUGUUUAUAGCCGGUCAUGAUGGCUUUUAUUGAUGAUCUCAUGAAAGUUUGAUGGUUUUCCCUAUUGUUUAUGUUGACAGGACAAUUUACAAAUCAUCAUCGCCUUCAACAUUAUCAUCAGCAUCAUUAUCUUCAUCAUUAUGGUGGUCAUUUCGAGUUGCGAUAAAUGGAACAGCAGAAAAAAAGGAUUUAUGCAAAUUCACAGCCAAAAUUAUUAUCGAGUUAAUCUACAGUCCUGACAGUUAAAGGGAAAGUUAAAUAUUCAUAAGGCUAAUUAGUUUGGAUUAAUCUAAUACAUUUGUUACCAAUACCUAUUUCUUAAUGGAUUCAUGGACAUGAGGUCAAAAAAGCUGUUAAAUCAUUUCCAACUCUCAACUGAUAAUUUAUGUCUAUUGUUAUGGAUGGUGGUGAUUGAAAAGGCCGAUAUCAAUAUCAAUUAUGACUGAUAAAUGUCCAAACGUGAUUAACCCAAUGAAAUAUCAUUUAGCAACAAAGAGUCAUUUAGCUUAUUCAAUAAUUUGACCAAUAAAUCUACUGAUAAAAACAUUGAAUGGUCACAAUUGAUAUGAACUCCAAGAUGCUUGGAUAAAGGUAACCAGGAUAAAUGAUGCCAAUCAGUGACAAAUUUCAAGCUCAAGAUUAAAUGGUGUUAACCCAGGGACAUUAAAAAAAUACAAAUCAAGAUGGAAAUUAAAGACAGCCAGAUCCGGACAUUAUUGGACCGACAAUCGUGGUGAAUAUUUUUUAUGCGCUGCCAUUUGUAGUGAUCCAUUCAAGGCUCAGUAGACUUGGUGGGCUAACGAAAUCAAAUACAUAAUUAAUUCUGCUUGUCAACGUUUAGAUUGAAGUCUACUUAAAAUGAAGGAUGAAUCAAAACAAAUGUACAGCUCGAAUUAUAAGUUGGUGGACUUAAUUCAGCAAAAAAAUAUCCACCUUGUCUCUAAUCAUUGGUUUUAUGCCAGUUCGAGUACCAAAAGAUUUAACUCUUGAAAGCAACCAUCAGCCACUAAUUAACCAGCUAAAUUGAAGCGAAAAAAGUUAUGUUAAUUAACAUGGGUGGAUAUGUGCAUGAUAAAGGCCGAAAUACAUUGAUGAUGAUCCUCAUUAUAACGAUUGUCAACAAAUAUACAAGCACCUCAGGGCAAAUGGACAGAAGAAUGAAUUAGAGCAUUAAGCUAGACCAGUUACAAUUUGCCGGAUAAGAUUGAUCUGUGAAAAUAGUAAUCAUAAUGAUAAUUAUUAAAAACAUGCAAUCAAAUCAUAUCAUUCCCACUUUCACUUUUUUUAUGUUCAUUCUGUUGCUUUACCAACCCACUUUACCUUAAGGUUGCUUUAUUACCUUUACCCUCCUCUUGCCACCAUUACUCCUUUAAUCAGUAUUUACAUUAAAAAACAACAACAGUUAACCUUUUACUCUUUACUGAAUUUGUUUCUUGUUUACAUGUUUUCAUGAAAUCAAAACGGAUUAUGAAUUAUCUUCAUGUUGAUGUGAUGAGUGAGAGUGUAUUAUGAAAAGGGGAAGAUAAAUUCACCAUUAGGAUCAACUAAUCAACAAAUCCAUCAUCAAUCCAAUCUUGUAUUAAUAUUUUUGGUGGGAGGUUAAAAACUGUCCUCUCCAACUCAACUUGAUUUAACUUUGUUCAUUACAAGUUAACUGAUAAACGGACGAAUGAUUUGAAUCAGAUAGCCAUUUGAAUUUGAUCAUCGGAUACAAUUAGAUUCGUCAGUUUUACUUUUAUAAAUUGUUUACAAUUCAUUCACUGAAAGGAUUCAACAAGACACCUUUGGUUUAUAAUGCUGCUGUCCAGCUUGAAUCUAUGUAAAGCACAGCUUUUAGUUUUUAAUUUACUCGUUUUCGUUAAUUGUGAGCCUACAAUCGAUACAACUUUGGAUGCAUCAUCUAAUGUCUAUCAAUUUUCAGCUGAUCCUAUUAGUGAACAGUUUUCAACAAGCCAGCAAGUAUGCAAUGAACAUGGACUAACACCGAAUGGGACUAAAUGUAACCCGGAGAGGUUAAAGGAUCCCCUUCAAGCUGCUGCACAAGAACCUCGUUGGAAUGUUGAUUAUUUGGCUAAAAUUGAAGAUGAUUAUAUGGGUUCACCGCAAUUUAAUGAUUAUCUUGACCGCUGUCAUGGACGCUAUGGUGAUGCCUCAGCAAUAUCAAUACAAGACAUUCGCCAAUCAAUUCGUAAAGCUAUUCCUAGUCUGUUGGCUUACAAGGCUGCCGAUGAGGAGAUCAUUGAUACAAUCGAGAUGGCCAAAUUUGCAAGUCGGUUUGUGGCUCAAUUGGCUCAUGAAAGUAAAUUGUCAACUUUAAUCACCAAUCAACUUGUUAAAGAAUAUUGCUUGGAUAAGAUGGAGGCAGCAGUAAAAUUACCCAAAGUAAGUCUGAGGACAGGCCUGAGUCGAUCUCUUCGGGAAACAUAUUUACCAACCAGUUGUGCACCUCGUAAAGACUUGAGUGACCUUAAUUGUGAUCCUAAAAGUCGUUAUCAUUCAUACGAUGGAACCUGCAACAAUUUAGAUCAUCCAACCACUGGAAUGGCUUAUUCUUGCCAUAGACGCCUGUUACCAGCUGAUUAUGCUGAUGGUGUUGAAAAGCUGAGAGCCUCGGUUUCUGGUGAACCCUUGCCAAAUGCCAGAUUAAUUUCAAAUGUAAUCACUCCCGAUGUACCGGCAACUGAAUUGAAAAUGUCCCAAAUGAAUAUGCAGUGGGGACAAUUUGUUGUCCAUGAUUUGGUUCGUACACCAUUGGUAUUGGGUAAUGCACCUCUCUGUUGUCCACCCAAACCAACCAACCAUCCAGAGUGUGAAACAAUUUAUCCUUUCCCACCUGGAGACUCUCUAACCAAAAGAUGGAACCAAACCUGUCAACGAAAUGUUAGAUCGACAACCUGUCCUUCAUGUAAAUUGGGACCACGAGAGCAGCUGAAUGCUGCAACUCAUUCAUUGGAUUUGUCUAAUGUUUAUGGUUACACUUAUGCUGAUGCUUUGAAAGGACGUACCUUAAAGAAUGGUCAAUUGAAGAGCUCUUAUGAUGCCAAAGGUGGUGAAAUUUUACCCUCAGCUGAUGGCUUUUAUGAUCCAUUGACUUUACAAGUUUGCAAUGUGCCACCGCGAUUCCCUGAGUUUAAAUGUUUCGCUUCGGGUGAUGGUAACCGUGCUAGUCAACAUCCAGCCUUGAUGGCCUUACAAACAUUGAUACUUCGUCGUCAUAACCAGCAUGCAGCUAACUUGGCCAAAAUGAAUCCACACUGGUCCGAUGAAACUGUCUACUGGGAAACUCGGCGUCUUUUAAUUGCUGAAUACAACCACAUUACUUACUCGGAAUACUUGCCUUCUCUGUUUGAUCGUAAAUUUUUAUCCUACUUUAGUUUGCUUCCAUUGGAAAAUGGUUUCUCCAAAUAUGAACCUGAGACUGAUGUACGUUCCAUAUCUGAAUGGGCAACUGCUGCUGGAAGGUUUGGUCAUUCACAGAUUAAUGAUGUCUAUUAUGUUAAAAACGAGGAUGAAACGUUUACCUUCCGAAUGAAAGAUGUUUUCUUUGAAAUGUCAUUGAUCCAUCUUGGUCAAACUGAAGGAAUCAUUCGUGGUCUAAUAACUGAACCAGCCUAUGAGGUUGAUCCCUAUUUUGUUACCGAUGUUAAAGACUGGAUGUAUCAACAUCCAAACCGUUCUGGUGGACUGGAUUUGGUUGGUCUUAAUGUGAUGAGAGGCCGUGAUCACGGUAUUCCUGGUUACAUUCAUUAUAUUGAAUAUUGUUUUGGACAGAAAAUAAAAUCUUGGACCGAUCUCUAUGAAUAUAUACCAAAAGGUCAAGUUAACAAGCUACAAUCAAUAUACAAAGACAUUGAAGACUUGGAAUUGUUUGUUGGUGGAAUCUCAGAAAAACGAAUGAAAGGUUCAGCCAUGGGACCAACAUUUGCCUGCAUUAAUGGAAUGCAGUUUUAUCAUUCAAAGUUUGGAGACAGAUAUUGGUACGAACAUGGAAAUCAAGCUGGUUCUUUUACUCUCGAACAAUUAAAUAAUAUUCGAACAACUUCAACUUUGGCUCGUCUAAUUUGUAAGACAACCAAGUAUUCUCAUAUUCAAGCAAAUGUCUUUGAGAUGCCAAGUCGCACUAAUCCUGAUAUCGAUUGUAAUGAGCUUCCUGAAAUUGAUUACAGUCUUUGGAGUGAUGAUUACCCUUCCUCUGAACGGUUUACCAGAUUUAGUAAAUAAAGGAUUUCGAGUUGAAAUUGAAUUGAAAUCUUAAAAUCAAUUCUCUUGAGCUGAUUCCAACACACUUUUUGCCAACUGACAUUGUUCAACAAGUUAUCAUUUUAUAACAAUUGUCACAAUCAAAUCCAAUUUCAUCUGUUAAGAGUUUCCUGUAAACUGAUUGCUACUAAAAACUCAGCAAACAGUUACAACCUUACCAGGUGCCUUUCUUGCAUUAAUCAUCCAAAUACCCACAACAUAUACCUUUAUGUUUGUACAUACUUUUGUCCAGCCACUAACUUAAUACACUUAUUUCAUGUUCA